AUGCCCGGUCAGACGUAUCCGAUCGGUACUCGCAAGUCAAAGCUCGCUAUGGUGCAAGCGGAGCAGGUGCAACGGGACUUGCAACAGCUCUACCCCGAGCACACUUUCCCCAUCGUCGCCAUGUCGGCCAUGGGGGAUGUCAUCCAGACGAAGCCCCUGCAUCAGUUUUCAUCGCAAAUGGCAAAGGGACUCUGGACGCAGGAACUGGAAGACUUGCUCGCUCGCAAAGAAUGCCGACUCGUGGUAAAUUGUCUCAAAGAUCUACCUACCACCUUGCCAGACGGCUUCAAAAUUACGAGUGUCGGCAAGACGGAAGACCCUCGUGAUGUCGUGGUGAUGGCGAAGCACUGUCCCUACAAAAAGCUUUCAGAUUUGCCGGAAGGCAGCGUGGUGGGCACUUCCAGUAUCCGGCGGUCUGCUCAAAUUAAACGCGCCUGUCCAUACCUCGCCUUCAAGGAUGUCCGUGGCAAUGUCGGCACGCGCCUCGACAAGCUUGACAACCCCGAGCUUGGUUAUUCAUGUCUAAUCCUCGCUGCUGCCGGUCUGGCUCGACUCGGUUUGCUCGAACGAGUGACUGAAUACCUCGAGGCGCCCACCAUGUUUCACUCUCCUGGACAAGGGACACUUGCGUUGGAGAUCUGCGAAGACGAUCUCGAGCUCGCUGAUUUGCUCAAGCCCCUCAAUCACCAUGAGAGUAUGAUUUGCACUUGGGCAGAGCGUUCCAUGAUGCGGUACUUGCAAGGUGGAUGCAGUGUCCCUAUUGGCUGUGAGACCGCCUUCACUGAUGGCAAGCUUUCCAUCACGGCUGUUGUCGUUUCUGUCGACGGCAAGACGGCUGUUCAGGAAUCGUGCGAGGCAAUGGUCGAGACUUACAGCGAGGCAGAACGGCUUGGCGAGGAGGUGGCCGAGAAGAUGGUGGUCAAUGGUGCCAAGGUCAUCCUCGAUGAAAUUGAGCUCACGCGGCACCGAGACUUGGACACUGCGCAGGUGAAUGAUCUCAACAGAGGCAAUGCCGAGCAGGCUCAGCUUGAGGCUUCACGGUAAAAAGCAUUUCGCAUCUUGUAUCUUGUAGAUGCGCAUAUAAUUGUGACGGCUGUCGAGAUGUGUCGCCAUCGU